CUUAUUUCACUGCUGCUCCUUGUGCCCUUUGCUGAAAUGUGUCGUCCAGGAAUCCACAGUUUUGGAAUCUUUUUUGUUAUAACGUAGCCACAGAUUUGUCUGUAACGGCAUUCUUUUAAAAGACUGCUUGAUAGAACUACACAGAAAAAUAGAAUGGCUUCCACAUCACCUCAUGACCGCAGCAGAAAUGAGGAUGAGGAUGAUCCUGUUGAUCAGAUGAUCUCACGCACUGGCUGUGCCGACCUACACUAUGCAGUGCAGGAAUGUAUGGCUGAACACCAGGACUGGCGUGCCUGUCAGAACCAGGUCCAGGCUUUCAAGAACUGUAUGACGUCUUUCCAAAAUGCACGGAAAGAACAGCUGAAGAAAGUGCGGCUGCCUUCCACCGAGUCUGCCACAAACUGAAUGUACAGCGUACCAAGUGACCUAAGUCUCAAAGAUGUAUUUGCAGUGAAAUCACUUUACUCAAAAUAAUAAUUUGUGUUUAUAUUAUAAUAGUAUAUGCAGCUGUAUAAAAUGUUUGCUUGAUAUUAAGUGUUGGGGAGUUGUGAUACAUUUUCUUUUCCAUCGUUAAUACUUCUUAAGAAAUAAGAUGAUCUUUUCUGUCUAUAUGCUUCACAUUGGCUUCAGGAUAUAGUUUUUGGUCCAUAAGCAACUAAACUAUUAGCAGUUUAUCUUAAUGGUACACAAGUGAGACAUAUUAGUUUACUACAUGAAAAAAAAAUUCAUUUCAAAACUGUUGAAAUAGAUAUAGUAAGGGAAUAUAUAUUGCCAUUUAUAUAACGGCUGAGUGGAUUCUUGUCAUUUGAUUGGUGCUUUGUAUGUCACAUGACAUGGAUUAAUUCAUCCCGUUUGUGUUGCAUUACAUUCAGAGUGCGGCUCGGUUCCAUUUAGAGUGCAAAUUUGGUUCCAUACGUUUGGUACCAUUGCACUCUCACGUGCACACGCACACACGUGAUCACGCAUGCGCGCACGUCCUCGCGCACAUGGUCAUGCACGCAUGCUCGUGCACGCACGCAUGCAUGAGCACAAGCGCGCACAAAACCAAUCCAUUGUGCUUCCUGGAGGCUGUUAGCAGGAAGAAAGAACAAAAGCUGGACUCAUUUCUGACGUGACUUUUUUUUUGCUGCACUGAGGACGUAUACAGUCUUAUUUUUGUUGUUCACGCACGCACAAGUGCCAACCAGGUUGCCUGUGUGCGCGCGCUGGGGACACGACUCUCCUGAGACAUAAUUUGAGCUAACUGACACUGCUAAUUCUUUGUGUGUGUCUGCUAACACACAAAACAAAUCCACUGUGCUGUCCGUUAGCAGGAAGAGAAAGAAAACCUGGACUCAUUUCUGAUGUGAAUUUUUUUUUUUCGCUGCACUGAGGAGGUACAUGGCUGGACCGAGCCGGUUGCGCAUGCACACGGGACA